AAAUCUGGGAAGGUUGAUCUCCUUUCAUGCUGAGGAUGUUGUGUGCUGCAGUCACGCCUCUCACUGCCAGCCCGCACUAGGAUGAUAAUCAGUCACUAUGAAAACUCAUUAGCUCCACAGCAAUGAGUCCUCCACUGCUCAAGCUUGGUGCUGUGCUUAGUACCAUGGCAAUGAUCUCUAACUGGAUGUCCCAAACUCUCCCAUCUCUGGUAGGACUAAAUACCACCAAACUAACCACUUCAGAUACUCUAACUCAAAUUAGCCCUAAGGAAGGGUGGCAAGUGUAUAGUUCAGCCCAAGAUCCUGAUGGCCGAUGUAUUUGUACUGUUGUUGCACCAGAACAAAACCUGUGUUCCAGAGAUGCCAAAAGCAGGCAACUUAGACAACUGCUAGAGAAGGUUCAGAAUAUGUCCCAGUCUAUUGAAGUUUUAAAUUUGCGGACUCAAAGGGAUUUCCAGUACGUUUUAAAAAUGGAAACACAAAUGAAAGGGCUGAAGGCCAAGUUUCGGCAAAUUGAAGAUGAUCGGAAGACAUUAAUGACAAAACACUUUCAAGAGUUGAAGGAAAAGAUGGAUGAGCUCCUACCAUUGAUCCCAGUUCUGGAACAAUACAAAACUGAUGCCAAAUUAAUCACCCAGUUCAAGGAGGAAAUUAGGAAUCUGUCCGCAGUUCUCACAGGGAUUCAGGAAGAAAUUGGUGCCUAUGACUAUGAGGAACUACACCAGAGGGUGCUCAGUUUAGAAACCAGGCUUCGAGACUGCAUGAAAAAGCUCACAUGUGGGAAAUUGAUGAAAAUUACAGGCCCUGUUACAGUCAAGAUAUCUGGAACCCGAUUUGGAGCCUGGAUGACAGAUCCUUUAGCAUCAGAGAAAAAUAACAGAGUAUGGUACAUGGACAGUUAUACCAAUAAUAAAAUUGUCCGUGAAUACAAAUCAAUGGCAGACUUUGUCAGUGGGGCUGAAUCAAGGACAUACAAUCUUCCUUUUAAGUGGGCUGGAACCAAUCAUGUUGUCUACAAUGGCUCCCUCUAUUUCAACAAGUAUCAGAGCAAUAUUAUCAUAAAAUACAACUUUGACACAGGGCGGGUGCUAGCACAGCGUAGCCUGGAGUAUGCUGGCUUUCAUAAUGUGUAUCCCUAUACUUGGGGUGGCUUCUCUGAUAUUGACCUCAUGGCAGAUGAAAUUGGUCUCUGGGCUGUGUAUGCCACCAACCAGAAUGCAGGCAACAUAGUCAUUAGCCAACUAAACCAGGAUACAUUAGAAGUGAUGAAGAGCUGGAACACAGGCUAUCCAAAGAGAAGUGCUGGGGAAUCCUUCAUGAUCUGUGGAACUUUGUAUGUUACCAACUCGCAUUUGACAGGAGCGAAGGUCUACUACUCUUAUUCCACAAAAACCUCCACUUAUGAAUAUACAGACAUUCCGUUCCAUAAUCAGUACUUCCAUAUAUCCAUGCUUGACUACAAUGCAAGAGACAGAGCUCUCUAUGCCUGGAACAAUGGACAUCAGGUCCUAUUCAAUGUCACCCUUUUUCACAUCAUUAAGACUGAAGAUGACACAUAAACUUUAUUUUUUCCCACUUCAAAACAGUGUAAUUUGUGAUAAACUCUAAAGCAUUCUUCAGGAUUUUUUUUUAUUUAAGUUCUUUUUCAUUAAGAAAAUAAGCAUUUUCUACUGUAUGAUGUGUUCCAAAUAUGGCUAGGCCUGUCAAAAAUGACCUGUUGGAAAUACAAGCAUCCUUACUCAUGAAUUUGCAAGGUCUGUCAAGACCUUGUCAUAAAAAGCACUAAAGGUUUAUGUGGAUGUGGCUAAAGACAUAAUUCUAAAAAGAUUAUGAUAUGCCUUACAUUAGAGUCCGAGACGAAUGGUGGCUUAAAUGCAUGAAUGUCUUUUUUUAUCUUUUAUCAUUUUUUUAAAUCUGUUUAUAGCUCAACAUCAGGAAAUAUUUUGGUAGCAAUCUGAAGCAUAAAAUGCAUCAUUUUUAUUAUUUGUUCCAAACUGAAAGAUGUAGGGAUUUGGUUUACUUAGAAAUGGAAUAUGAUUCAUUUUGCCAUCAUACAGUUUCAGAUGCGGUGCUGUACAGUAAGUUUUUAAAUCUCUCGCAAACAUUUUAUCAAUUAAAUGUAUUUCUACCAUUGUAACCACCAUUGUGCAAUUGUAUCUCUUCACUUAUGUGAAAGUAAACUAAGUACUAUUUUUUAUAAAAUAUAUUGAAGCUUAA